CACAGAAUUUUAAGUUUAAAUUAUGGCUAAAAAGGGAGGGAAAAAGAAGGGCAAGGGGGGAGGGGGUAAAGGAAAAAAGAAGGGGGAGAAGAGAGAAGAUGAAAUGACUUUGAAAGAAGCAAUACUUGCCUUCCAGAUUCAAGUAAAAGAAAAAGCUUCGGAAGAUUUACAAUUCGAAAUCAAAGGAUUAAAAGACAAAAACAGAAGGUUUAGAGAUAGAAACGCCCGAUUAUACGAAGAUCAGCAAAUCCACAUCAAAACCCUUUUACGUCAAGCUAAGGAACAAGAACAUGAGUUAGAAGAAAAAGAAGUUUACAACAGUGAGCAUGUGGAGCAAGCACUUAGGGAAAAAUGGGCCGCUGCAAGAAAUGAGGAUAAAGAACUUGAUGACCUAUAUAAACGCAUUGAACAAGUAGAGCAGGAAUAUGCUAAGAUGAGUUCAGAUGUUGAAUAUUGGACCGAAUAUAAGGAUGUGGGAAGUGAAGAGCAUGCUAAACAGAUACAUCUGUUGAACUCUGAAUUAGAAGAUAUGUUACGUAACUUCAAUGAUAUGUGUGGGCACCUAACAAGACAACUAGAGGCUGCAAAAUACGAAGUAACUUUAUACAAGGAGGAGUGCAUGGCUGAGCAACAACAUUUAGCAUCAGAGAAAGCUAUGGAGCAUUUAGACCCUGCUAGUGUACAGGAGGUGCAUGAGAAUGAAUGGCUUAAAAAGGAAGCUCAUAUCCACAGGGAAGAAGAGAAAAACUUACUUAGACUUCUGGAUGAACUUGAAAGUGAAAACCUGUCGAUUAUUAGUGAGUUGUUGUAUUGCAAACAAGAGGAUCUUAAAAUAUCAAGGAAUUUCUAUAUGACACAGUUCGAAGAGGAUGAAAUAUUAAACCAAGAUACAAUGCAUGAUAUGGACUUGAAACAAAUGUCUGUGUAUCAAACUAAGGAUGAUGAUAAUAACAGUGUGAAGGCCAUAGAGCCACGCCCUAUGAGUGCCAUGCAGCGUGCAGUGGAGCAGAAAGUUUUCUCAAUCCUCCCAGAGCAAGAGGAGGAAGAGGAAGAGUGGGAGAAUGAGAUAAUUGCUCGUCAGGAUCAAGAUAUCAACAUAUAUGAAGAGAAAGACUUCCUACAUUUAGGGCCUUUAGAAAUCAAGCUGUUGUGCGUAACUGGAGAAUCCAAACCCAUACACCCUUUAGAUGCAAGUCUACAGAUUGUAGAUGGCUCCAAACCCGAUAUGGUUACAAGACCAAAAUGGCCAAUAGAACCGCCUAUGAUAAGAGCAGCACUUGAAAAUCCACCUGAACUUGAAACAAGUUCUACCUAAUGUAAGGUUUACAUAUUGGUUCUCUCUUUUAUGUUUGAUUUUGGUUCAAAUUACAACUUUCUGUACAUUUCUGUGCCUCCAAAAAGCACUAUUGGACCUAUACUUUCUGUUGUGCUUUUUUACUUUGUUUAGAUACAUAAAUGUCACUGUAAUAUAUGUGCACUUCAUAUAUAUAUGUUUUCAUUACUGUGCCUACGAAAGCUUCAAUAAAAUUUACAUUGUAACUAGUAA